CAAGGACUGCAUUUCCUUCAUUCCCGCCAAGUCAUCCACAGAGACAUCAAAAGCAACAACGUCCUUGUGGGCAUGGAUGGAUCUGUCAAGUUGGGUAACUUUGGCCUCUGUGCUCAGCUCAGCCCUGAGCGCAGCAAGCGCAGCUCCAGCGUCGGCACUUCCAGCUGGAUGGCACCGGAGGUGGUGAGAGGAGAAGCCUAUGGCCCCAAAGUAGACAUCUGGUCCCUGGGGAUCAUGGGGCUGGAAAUGGUGGAAGGGGAAGCUCCUUACCAGGGGGAAGCCCGUCUCAGGGUUUAUGAACUGAUAGAAAGGAAUGGGCCCCCAAAACUGCAGAAGCCCAGGCACCACUCGGCUGUCCUGCGUGACUUCCUCUGCUGCUGCCUGCAGGCAGAUGAGGACAGGUGCUGCUCUGCCCAGGAACUCCUGCAGCAUCCCUUUGUGACCUCAGGCCAUCCUGCCUCCAGCCUGGCUGCUCUGAUCAUCUCAGCCGAGCAAGUGCAGGAAGACUGGAGAGGAGACACCUGCGCCUGA